GCAAAAAGUUAGAUGGAAAGUUGCCGAUUUUUCAACGUAGGUGACUGGGGCCAACUACAAAUAACAGGCUUUGUUCAGUCAUUUUACCAACUGUAUUAUCCAUAAUAUAAAUGGAAUGCAUAAACAGGCAUGUUACCAACAAACAAACAUUUAUUUGUCUCAUACUUCUGCUCCUCUGUUGCCAGAGAUAGACCUGCUGCAGCUGAACAGGAGGGGAGGGACUCAACUCUCUCACACACUCUGGUUCGCUUUCUGUUCCUUCUGACCCUGCUGCAGCUGAACAGGAGGGGAGGGACUAAACUGUUAAUAAAUCCCAAAUAAUGAAGUUCAUAUAGUUCAUCACGUAUAUUUAUCUGUUGAAAUCAAAUUAUUUUUGGACAUUAGUCAGGUGCAUCCCUAGAAGCGACACGAUUGACUGGAAUGAUUUUUCAGCGUUAUUGCAGAGCGAAGGGUAGUCAUAGAAGCUGGAUUUUCUCUCAGAACAUCUUACAUACUGAUAGCUGACGAUGUGUGAAGACAACUUCAUGAAAUUGUUAUGACCUAAUGCAGCUUUAACAUGAAAGCUUACUUAAACGAGAGAAUCUACAUCCAUCUUUGAAACUAAGCCCUGCAUAAGUGUUUUCACAUGAUGGACAUUUGCCUGCUCUGCUGAUCCUGAGUAAUGAGUUCAGGUUACGUGACGCACACACAUGGCAACCUUACUGCAGUUGAUCGGCGGUGGAGGAGGCAGUUCAAUUGAAUUCCAUGGCAUGAACAACGGUGCCACCCUCAAGAAGAUUGGAGUGGCGGUGGAAGCCUGGCAGGUGAAAGCUGUGAGGGAGGAGCGGACCGACAGGCACGUUGCGACCUUUGGAGAUGCAAACACUUUCAAUGAGUUUGAGUUGUACCUCAGCGAACGCAUCACCAAGCUGUCUCUGUGGGGUAACGGCGCCAGCACACGUCUGGGUGCCAUCAAGUUCAUGACGAGUAAGAAUCGGCAAUUCUUUGAAAAAAUGACCAGCUGGCCACUGAAGGCUGAGUACACCAUAGAUGUGGGGUCUGGAAUCGGCCUGGGGCUGCAGGGCAGGUUUGGCUCGGACAUUGACUGCAUGGGCUUCCUCUUCAUCAACACCAUCAAGUCGUCCGUAAUGACUGACAUGGAGUAUCCCACCCUGUCCCUCUUCAAACCCCAGAUGUGACCCCAGAAUAUGUGAAAUCCAUGUCUCACCACAACGACACCUCUUCGGUUCAAGAAUAGUCCAUUACAUAUAGCAAAACCCUGACCAAUACUUCCUCCUGGUCCGUCAGCAACAAGAGAGUCCACCUUGAGUGUGUCGGUCAAAGAUCUGGUCGAGGUGUCAUCAGGGUUCAGCUUGACCGUGGGAGUGGAGCAAUCCACCAGCCUGCACAAGACGGAGACCAUAACAGAAGCGGAUACCAUCAAAGUGAAGAUCCCUCCAGGGACGACCAUGGAUGUUGAGAUCACAAUGAGAAAAGCAAAUAUCGAUCAAUAUUCUUACUUACAAUGACGGCCUAGCAGAAGGCCUCCUGCGGAGAUGGGGCUGGGAUUAAAAAUAUAAAUCAAUUAAAAUAUAGAACAAAAUAGACUUCACGAAGCAGCCACAACUGUCAGUAAGAGUGUCCAUGAUUGAGUCUUUGAAGAGAUUGAGAUAAAUAACGUGAAAGACUUAAUACGCGAUAUUCACUCAACACAACCAAAUGUAUAACUGCUGGAUUUAGUUAAAUUACCUUUUGACACUGCAGCACCUGGGGGAAUACACUGAACAAUAAUAUAUAUCACCAUGUAAAGUGUUGGUUCCACUGCAUCACCUGGGGGAAUAUACUGAACACUGUCGCUCUUAUGCAUAAUCCAUCCACCUGACAGGUGUGACAUAUCAAGAAGCUGAUUAAACAGCAUGAUCAUUACACAGGUGAAACUUGUGCUGGAGAAUAUAAAUGGCCACUCUAAAAUGUGCAGUUUUGUCACAGAAACUAAUGCCACAGAUAUAUGAUGUUGAGGAUGAGUGCCAUUGGCAUGUUGAAUGCAGGAAUGGUCACGAGAGCUGUUGCCAGGGAAUUUAAUGUAAAUUUUUCUACCAUGUUGUAGAAAAUUUGUUACUACGUCUAACCAGCCUCACAACUGCAAACCAUGUCUAUGUUGUCCUGUGGGCACGCGGUUUGUUGAUGUCAAUGUUGUGAACAGAGUUCCCCAUGGUGGCGGUGCGAUUGUCAUGGGCAGGCAGAAACUAGGGACAACAAGUACAAUUGCACUUCAUCGGUGGCAAUUUGAAUGCACAGAGAAAAAGUGAUGAAAUCCUGAGGCCCAUUGUCGUGCCAUUCAUCCGCCCGAAUCAACUCACGUUUUAGCAUUCGGGCUCCCAAGUGGAGCAGCUUUCUAGGGCACUGCAUCUCAGUGCAAGAGGCGUCACUACAGUCCCUGGUUUGAAUCCAGGCUGUAUCACCUCCG